AAUUCCUCCCUCUCCAAAAAAAAAAAAAGAAGGGAAAAACAAUAAUGCAGGAUAUUCCCACAGGAUGUGUUAGCUGGCUGCUGGAGCUGAAAGGUGCUGGGCUGAAUCAGAGUUAGUAGUACUUCUGUCAGGGAGGAUGUAAAAGCACCGCAGCAGCAACAUGAGCAGCUCAGUCCGCAGGAGAAAGUAACACCCACAAGAGCACAAUGGGAGCCUACCUCUGGUUCUUCCUGGCCUUUGUGCAUGAAGCGACAGCAACCUUCCGUCCACGCCAGCCUUCGCUCUGCCAUGUGGUUCAGAAUAAUGUGUACUGCAAUGACAUGAACCUCAGGACUGUCCCAGCACAGUUGCCCCCAGACAUGCACACUCUAGAUCUAUCCCGGAACCUCCUCCAAAAUCUCACCCAGGAGGUCCUGGCCGUCUACACCUCCAUUCACCACCUCAACCUCCACUCCAACAAGAUCCAGUUCAUACAACCUGGCCUAUUCAGAGACAUGAUUAACCUCCAGGAGCUGGACCUCUCCAAGAACUACCUAGACAUUUUUGCCAUGUCGAAAGCAGAGGUCGGGCCCCUUCCCACAGUAAAAAGGCUCAGCCUGUCAGGAAAUGGCCUGUAUUCAGGCAUGACUGAUUACUUUCUGCAUGAUGCCCCAUCCCUCAUGAACAUCUCCCUGGAUGGGAACAGUAUCACCAAAAUCAGCAAAGACACCUUUUCUGGUUCCUCGGCCCUGAGGAAUGUUGACCUGCACAACAACGUCAUCUUGGAGAUUGAGGAAGGUGCAUUUGAGUCAUUGGCAGACCUCUCCGAGCUCGAUUUGUCCAUGAACUCCAUCACCUGCAUCACCGACUUUAACCUCCCACAGCUGAAGCUGCUAAACCUGAGCAGGAACAGCCUGGAGUCCUUUCAGACUGUAGAUUCUGACUUUCAAUAUGAGCUCCUGCACCUUGACCUACAAGAAAAUAAGAUUCACUACUUUCCUGUCCUCCCAAAAAGGAACAAGCUGAUCUACUUAGACUUGUCUAGAAACCUGAUGAGGAGCGUGAACACGACCAACCUCAUGGAAGACGCACUGUCUGCCAGCCAAAAUGCCCACAAUGACCUCCCGAGACUCCUGUACUUGGACCUGAGUUACAAUCAAAUAAAAAGCAUUUCAGCGUCAUUCUUUGGAGGUCUGGGAGCUCUUGAGUUUCUCAACCUCAGCAAUAACUGUUUGGAGUCAUUCUCUGUGGACCGCAACAGCCCUCUAAAUAACCUGAAGAUUCUCGACCUGAGCUUCAAUGCCCUGCAGAACCUCUCCUUUGAGGAGAACACGCUUAGGUCACUGGAGGAGCUGUACCUGAAUGGGUAUGUGCUCGGCCCCAUCGAGCCUUCCAUUUUCCGCAGGCUGCCCAGGAUCAGAGACCUUCAUCUCCAGCAGAGCUAUCUGACCAUGUGUGGAUCACACCAUAGGCUGUCCCCAAAAGGAUACCGGUCGCAGGCAGGCAACUGCAUCUUCUUCUCCUCCAUCCCCACACUGAGCAGGCUCUACCUUUCUGGACCCGGCCUGCAGUCCGUGCCACAGGGUGCCUUCCAUGGGACCCCUCUGCGGGUGUUGGACCUGUCCAGAAACCCAGGCUUGGACAUUCACAAGAAUGCCUUCUCCGGCCUGGAAAAGUCCCUGACUCAUUUGUCUCUCAGUGAGAAUGACCUCUUGGCUCUGAGCACCGACCUGUCCCUCCUCAGUGGCCUGAGAGACGUUGAUCUGUCCUUGAACCGGCUGACGGCCCUCCCACUGUGGAACAAGGAGUCCUCCAUCGAAUCACUCAACCUGCAGAGCAACAGCUUGGUCACAUUGGAGUACAGCACCGUGCUGGCGCUGGAGAAGACUCUCAAGACCCUCUACCUGGGCUCCAACCCUCUCAGCUGCUGCGGCAACCUGCAGUUCCUCCACAUGGUUCAGGGAUCUUCUCUGGAUAUCCCCGACAUCUCCUCUGUCACGUGCCGGUACACACAGAGCUCAGAGCGCGAGGAGGUAGCCAUCGCAAGUGUGCAGCAGGAGCGCUGCGAGACUCUGGACAGGAAGAGUCUGGGCAUCAUCAUUAUCACCAUCACAGCCCUAGUGCUGAUCGCAGUUCUCGUUCUCUUCUCUAAAUUGUGCCACCCGAGGAGAUACAGACUGACUCGUAGCUUCAAGGCCUGAAAGUGCAGACAGUGAGUGAAGCAACAGACACACGGUAAAGCGUUAAAUCAACUCUGAUAGAGUUUAUUUUACUCUGAUAGAGUACAUCUGAUCCCUCUUGGACUCCAUAUAAAAUAAAAUCUAUUGUGUGAGGUCGUUGCCUUCAGAUAAUUAUUAUGAGGCAAGUAAAUCGAAAGCAUUCCUACCUAUAUAAUUUGAAGUCCCCCUGCUUGGAAAUUUUUCAUUCUGAAAAAUCAAGUCUGAAAAAAUGUGUAAUUUGCACAGCGUGUUGUCUGCUCACCAUUUUUGGGUAGAAAGAAAUUUAAAUUAACUUAUAUAAAAUAUAUACAGUACAUUGCUGUAUGAUUAAUACAGAACAUGGAGAGUGAAAUUUCUGACUGCAUGGGGUCCUUCAGGUGGUUUUAUUUCUAUGCGUGGCCUUUUCCCAGACAUGUUUGUAAUCUUUUUUAAAAAUGAAUGGUUUGCACUUUAAUAACUGUAAAAUGGUUGGGGUUGCAACACAAAAAUGUGAAUAUGGUUUUAAUAAUUUUUUAGAACAUAGGAAGUCCCAAAAAUGAAGAUGUUGAGCAAUGGACAUGCUAAGUACAAUAUAGUUUUCUCCAAAGAGGCAAUGACGAUAAUGUAGCUGAGCGCACAAUUUUUAUUUUAUGGUGUCUAGACACUAUUGAAGGAUAAUUAGUACAAUUAAGCUUUGUAACUGUUGAAUUUACUAUUGAAAGAAAAUCUAUCUGUCUUUCAGAUGUGUAAUCCUUACAGGACAUUCACGUGGAAAUUGAUUUUGCUUUAUUUUGAGGAAAUGUGUUUUGUGUGGAGGUGGUGUAUUCAGGAUUUAAGGUUCAAGCAAUAUCUCCAGAGAAGCCUUGAUGUCAGAACACCUGCAGAAAAAAUGUGGCCUGUUUGUACAGCUUGUAGGGCACCGCAGAUACAUUUCCUGUUAUUGACAGAGCAUUACAAACUCAUUUAACCUGCACAAGAUUAUUAUGUGCAAUUUUAAAAUGUGCAUUCCAAGAAUGUGGUUUUCCUGACAUUGCAAGCACGUCAGGUUUUCCCACUGAGAUUUUCUCUGUUACCUUGGAACUUCUGUUGAGGCAAGUCAUAGCUUUGAUUAAUUAAAUAAUUUUUUGGAUUUGGAAGCUUAAACAAAGCACAUAAAGUCAAUUUGUUCUGAAACAAGAAGACAUUUUAAUGGGUCCUUAAUUCCUCAUACUUAUUUUGCACACAGGGGAAUUGUGGGAACAAAUGUCUAUUUUGUGUUUAUUCAUUGGAAUUUGACAGGGAUUUAUUGCUAGUCAUCCCUUCCAUGAACUAUUGCCAAAUUUAAAUCUUUAAUUAUACCUGAGAAUAAGGUUUACACCACAUGAUCAACGUAGUAUCAAUCAGAACCGUACAAUCAAAAAUUUGAAAAAAGCUUUAAGAAAGGAUGCUUUGUUUUUUUUUUGUUGUUGUUGUUUUUACAUUUUAUACAAGUUCAGGUUCUUCUGCUGUGUUUAACGAUACCUGUCUGCUCCUUCUGUGUGGGGUACACAGGGUCAAUAACACUAAGAGCAGCAUUAAACUGGAUUUCUCAUAUUCUGCACAGAGAUUCAAAUGCUUGUUCAAACAGGAGUUCCAUCUUUUAUAAAGAUCCUUAUAGUGAGAAGUAACAAGGAAUGAUUGACAUGUUCUGUAAAUUAUCUAUUUUUUCAUUCGUUUGUUUUCUUGAAAUGAAUAUAAUUAUGCCUGUACAAGUCUCAUAUGACAAAUAAUAAGUCAGUAUUAUUGUUGGACAAUUUUAAAAGUAUAAUGCUACAAUCAGGAAGUACGGUCUUCCUUGCUGUUUGUGUGUGUGUGUGUGUGUGUGUAUGCGCGUGUGUAAGGUAUUACUCCAUUCAGAUUGUGUCUACUAAAGUGGAAAGAGGAAAGCUCCCCACAGAGGGAAGUGUUUUCUUUCCUUGUGCAUAUUUAUAGAUAUUUAUUUGAAAAACUAUUUACACUAGAAUAAUACCUGGUUUGUCUUCUCACCUUCAUAUUUCACUGACUCAUUGGACACUACUUCUGAAUGACUUUCCCAGGCUGGAAAUCACCUCGACCAUCACACCUGAAACCACAAAUAGACCUGGUUUCAGAAGGUCAUUCUGUGUACAGUAACUAAUACAUAGUAACAGGGAGUUGUUACCUGUUCAUAGAAGGUGCUUCUCUCUUGUUUGAGUUUUAGUGAAUUCAAUGAAAAGACAUCACAAGAAAUGUAUCAGUGCAACUUAUUACAGAGCAUAUGAAGGAAAUUGUUACUAUGAAACUGUUUUUGUUGUGUAUAUGAACAAAAUAUUUUUGAACUACUGUAUAACUAUAUAUGUUUUGUAUGUUCUAAAGUAAAUUAUCAUUCAUACAAA